GUAAAAAAUGUAACUAAGUGAUAGUCGACCCAGUGUAAAAAUGUUUGUUGUUCCAGCAUUUUUGUGUUAAAUGUUUAGCUUCAACAAUCGUUUCUUCAUUGUAUGGCGCAGAUGUGAGUUCUAUUUUGCUUUUGGGUUCAAAUGUAAAAAUCAUCAUUGUGAGAAUUAAUAAUCUGUUGUUUGUGCGAGUUUUUCUUUUGCGAAAUGCGCAUGUCCUGCGAGAAUAUUCUCGAUUUAUGAGAUUUGGACACGUGCAUGACUCCACGACUCCACAAUCUGUAAUUACUAACGUUUGAGAGCCCCGACUUAAGGUAAGUACAUACAUUUACAAGAGUAGGACUUUCCUUUGUUUAAAACCAUAAAAAAUCGGGAUACGAAGUAUUAAGUUACCACGCGAGUAUUUACUAACUUCGACGACCAUCGAUUAUAACCAACUGCCGAACGUAAAAAAGUUUUUUAUGUGUUUAAUGUUCGCUUGUGUUAUUUGCAACUUGUAAUGACGGCGGGUCCGUUAAUUACGGAAGAUUUUAGUGACUAUAACAGAAUCUGAAAAAUGAAUAAUUAUAAAAUGAAAGCUCAGUUGUGCUUACUGUGGUGGCAACAAGUUUUUAUCAAAAGCCACGCAAUUGCGAUAUUUCCCUCUUUCCUUUUUUCACUAUAACAACUUGUGUUUUUAUACCUCAAAACCCGACAUCAGGACACUUUUUUCACUUAAAGUUAGCGGUCUGAAUUCCCGUAGUAGCUGCGGUGACCGACUCGAGCUUUUGAGGCACCAUACUAAAGUUUAGAGUAGAGACUGAACGCAGAUGAUUACACUUUAUUCAAGUGGAUUGGGCAAUAAGAGAGUACGACAACGGUCAGAUAAUUUUGUUUUUUAAACGUAAAUUAAUAAAAUGACAUCAAUAUUCUAUUCAGUACCGUUUUUUUCGUAAAAUUGCAUACAGUCGAAAAAAAGUAAAAGAUGGCGUGCACGCUUCUGUGGUGACGGCGCUUUUUUUUCAACUGAAUGUUCUAGUAAAUUAUUACGGGCGCUGUGGUGCAUAUGCAUAACAGCUUGUAAAGGCAGACGCACGAUUACUGGUUGGAGUACUCCUUUCUUUCUUGUGUACAUUCAAUUUAUGCUGUUUCUUUUAUAGAGGAAAAUUGGGGUGUGUGUCCUAGAGGGAGAAAGCGAGUGGUAAAGGGGGAAGGACCUGAAAUUAACACACUGAGCAGACCUCAACAACAAUUCUUAGCUCCUUCAAGGAAAAAAAAAAAACCCUCACAAACAUAUGUUAAUAAAUAUAAGUCGCACCACACGACUGCUCAGGUGUAAACGUGAUGUGUAGUUUACUGUGUUCAUUUUCAGAUACCACCUUAGACAUUUGUGAUAGAAUUAUUAAGAUAUGAUUUCAUAUAAUUACUGAACCUAUUUUAAUUCUAUUUAAUGCAGUGUUAUGGUAUACAAACUCUUUUGAAGGCCAUCCAAAUCAGCUCUUAUUUCUUUAUUGUGAUUUUUAGGGUCUUCGUGCAUUGCAAGCUCUGUACAUUUUGUACUACAGCUCAGGACACACUUCUCAGACAUUAUAGAUUGAAGCACUGGCGUGGACCAUAUUCAUAGUUUCCUUGCAUUCACAGUGACUGCAUUUGUUCAUUCCGGACUGCAGGACCUCACUUUUUCCCUGAGAAGAAAGGAGAUUGUCAUGGAUGAACUGCUGGUCUCUGUAGUCCAACAGAGAUGGCCAGGCCUUCUCAUAGAGCAAUAUGUAUAUGCAGAAUUUUAUCGCAUUACCCAGGUGCAAUUGAAAGAAACAUCGCUGACAUCCUUGGACAAGAAUUCGACAGCUCUGAUCAAAAUGUACAGAGCAAAAGGAGGCAAGAAGGCACAUGAAUUGAAAUCACUUUUAGAAUUACUAGAUGAACAGACUAUGGAUGUUACCACACACAAGAGGGCAACGGUUCUACAAGGACUACCUCUGUACUUAAGAGAAUACAAGAAGUUAUCAACAACAUGUCAUGAUACAGACUCCCUUCAAAUAUAUACAAAUGAAAUGAAGAUAGGAAUAUUAGAGGUUGUGAGGCACCAUGAGACCAAUCCUGGAGCUACGGCAAUGAAUGUGGCUGUGGUAAUAGAAGGUCGAGUAGUAAUUGAAGAGCUUGUCGACUUCACAACUGCAUUUGUCAUACAUGUUGGUCUUCUGUAUGCUCGAAACAUUCAGUACCCAAAAGAACUGAAAUACAUUUUUGAAACAGUGCAGAAGGUGUUUCUAAAUAUUGGAGACUUAUACUCACAUAUAGAGCUGUCACUCAAAAAUAUGCUGUAUAAAUGUUAGGCAAAUGUGUCUCAGAUCUGCAGAAUAGGAUGUGCUUGUCUUUUGAUUUUAGAUUAACAUUGCGAUAGCUACUUUUCUUUGUGUGAAAUUCUUUCUCAGUUGCACUUUAGUGUUAAUGUUAUGACAGAAUCCCUUUACCCUGUGCAGGUUCUGUUCAAAAAUUUUGGAAUUAUUGAUGUAACACUUUUCAAAUUAAGAUUCCACAACAUCAGAGAUGGCAUGGCUUGUGGUUAUUAGUAAUGAUAACAGUGUUAUUAAGACAAAAUUUGAACGUACUGAAUAUAAAUAUAUUUGUAUAAGUGAUUUUCAUAUUUCAAAUUGUAAUAAUAAUGUAAUGCCAUGUCUAAGAAAAUAAAGCUGCAUUAUUUUCAAAAAAGCUGUUUUUUCUUUUUUGUUAAAAUAGAAUAUGUUGCUCAAUAAAGUCAGAGUUCUUAAGUAACUGAUUACAAUGUGCUUUUUGAGUUUGCAAAAAAUAAAUAUAUUAAUUUCUUGAAUUACUAC